AUGGCAGCCGUCGCAACGCCUUCCCGCUCGCUCUCUUGGCUUCACGACCAAGACAUCACCUUUCAGCACGACGUGACGACAAUGACCAACGUGCUUCCCGCUCUUGUGCUGGCCUUGGCCGCCUUGACCUUGGCCGCCCCGGGCCACGGGGCGCCGAACAUGGCCGGCGGCUUCACCGGACGGCUUCCGGAAGGCACCGAGGAGACGCCGGUCGUCUGGGACGUGCAAGCCUUUCCGGACGGGCCGACGUUGACGCUCAACGGCACCGUCCAGUCCGUCCACGACCAGCUGAGGGCGAUCAACCCAAACUACGAGGGCGACUUUGACGACCACCCCCUCGAGAAGCGCACCGACUGGACCGGGGCCGGCAUCCUCUGCGACAGGAAUCUCUUCGGAGGCACCCGCCCCAAGGGUUACGCCGAAGCCAUCAGGUACCUCCGGAGACUGCGCGGGAGGCCGCGCAUGGGGCCCGGCCCGCGCAAGUGCGGCCGAGUCAGCUGCAGCUACCUGACGGCCAUUUGGCUCUGCAACGACACGGCCGAGGAGAAGCGGCUCGAGUCGUGGAAUUCCGUCGUGUCGGGCAUCGAGGCCAUCUGGAACAAGUGCAAUCCCAGCCAGUGCUGCUACCGGGGGGGCCAGAUCUUCCAUUGGACGCACUGGAACAUUAUGAUGACGUCCGAUAGCUGCUGA